AUGGAUCGAAUCGAUUAUUUAACAUUCUUCGUCAAUGGAAGAGAAAUCAUUGAACGUGAUUGUCAACCUGAAUGGACUCUAUUGUGGUACUUGAGAAACAAAUGUCGUUUAACUGGUCCGAAGUUAGGAUGUGGUGAAGGUGGUUGUGGUGCGUGUACUGUGCUGAUUUCCCAUCACGACCAAGCAUCAGACAAGAUUGUUCAUCGAGCAGUCAAUGGAUGCCUAGUUUCGGUUUGUUCGGUGGAUGGAUGUCAUAUAACGACAGUCGAAGGUCUUAGCAGUAUCAAGGACGAUUCGUUACAUCCAAUACAACAACGUUUGGCUGAACUGUAUGCAUCACAGUGUGGUUUUUGUACGCCGGGGAUGGUCAUGGCAUUGUAUGGUACGUUGAAUAAUAUCGAAAAUCCGACAAUGAAGGAUAUUGAAGAUUCUUUUGAUGGCAAUCUAUGCCGUUGCACUGGUUAUCGACCAAUAUUAGAUGCAGCAAAAACAUUCGCAUGUGACAAACAACCAGUUGACUGUAAUAAAAAUCAAUCAGUCGACCCUACAACGAUUAUCAGUACAACUGAAAAUAAACUACUGAACUACAAUGAUAUACAGUGUCCUGUUUUUCAAUUUCCGCCACCAUUGCUGAAGCACAAAGUACAAUCGAUACAUAUCUCAGGUAAAUCUUCCGAAUGGUAUCGUUCAACAUCAUUGGCCGAACUUAUCGCAUUGAAGAGAGAACAUCCAACAGCAAAAAUAGUUUCUGGUCAUACAAUGGUUCAGAUGGAUCGAAAGUUUAAGGAUAAAAAGUAUUCUGUUCUAAUUGCUGUUUCACAAAUUUCAGAAUUAAAUGUGAUAGAGAAAUCCGAGCAUGGUAUGACCAUCGGUGCUUGUACAACAGUUGCAAAAUUCAAAGAGUACUGUCAAUCAUGUUCACAGGUAUUACCAUCAUAUCAGAUGCGAACAUGUCACGCACUUUUAAGCCAGUUGAACAUUUUUGGUUCACAACAAAUUCGAAAUCUGGCAACCGUGGGUGGUAAUAUCAUGCAUGGAUCACCCAUAUCGAGUUUAAAUCCUGUUUUACAAGCAUGUGAUGCAAAAUUGAAAUUAAUCAAGUGUAAUAAUAGUGAAGAAUAUGAAAUACCUUUACGCGAAUUUUGCUUAUCGAAGAAGACAUUGGAUGGGGAACAUGACCAAAUUUUGGUAUCAGUUUACAUUCCUUUUGCAGAGAAAAAUGAAUAUUUACAAUCGUACAAGCAAUCGAAACGAAGAAAAUUGGAUAUUCCUAUCAUAACCUGUGCGUUUCAAGUGAAAUUAGAACAAGUUCCAGUACAAGUCAAUGAGUGCGCACCAGACUUGACAUGGAAGAUCCAAUCGACAUGCCUGGCGCUGGGCAGUAUGGCUCCGCACACAAUCACGAUGAGCAAAACACAAGAUUACCUUCGAGAUAGACCGUGGUGUAGACAAACAAUGAAAGAUGCAUUGAAAUGUUUACUUGAUGAAUUACCAUUGGACGAAUUCAGCCCAGGAGGGCAACCAGAAUAUCGUCGAACAUUGAUGACAUCAUUUUUCUUCAAAUUUUAUCUGUUCGUAACUGAACAAUUACGAAAAACUCGUCCAGAAAUAUCAACAGAUGAAUUGUCUGUAAGUGAACUAUCGAUGGCAACACCAUACAUACGAAAUCUUUCGCGCGGUGAACAAGAAUUUCAAUCAAAGCCAAAUUCAAAUUAUGUUGUCGGUUCAUCCCAUACGCAUAAUAGUGCUCCGUUACAUGGAACAGGAGAAGCGAAAUAUACUUGCGAUAUACCAACACCUUCCGAUGGCUUAUAUUCUGCUCUUGUCUUAAGCACAGAACCCUAUGCAAAAAUUCUCUCAAUCGACACAGCACAAGCUGAAGCAAUGCCCGGUUUCAAAGCAUUCAUUAGUCAUUCGGAUGUUACCGGUAGUCUUAUGACUGGUGAUGUUGUAAACGAUGAAGAAGUAUUUCCAACGACAACUAUUUAUUGUAUUGGUACAAUAAUUGGUAUGGUUGUUGCGGACAGUGAAGAAGGGGCUCAACAAGCAUCGAAGUUGAUUCAAGUAAAAUAUGAAUGUUUAGAACCGUUGAUCGUCACUAUCGAUCAAGCAGUUGAACAUCAGUCGUACUCGGGACGAGAACUUUCUUUAAAAUUCGGCGAUAUUGAUCAAGGCUUCCAAGAAGCUGAACAUAUCAUCAAUGGUGAAUUCUAUAUGGGUGGUCAGGAACAUUUUUAUUUGGAAACAAACUGCUGUAUGGCUAUACCGCAUGAACGUGGCGAAUUGGAAAUUUAUGCAUCAACACAGAAUGCAACCGGGGUUCAGGAAAAGGUCGCUGCAGCAUUAGGUAUACCCAGCCAUAAAAUAGUUGUUCACGUCAAACGAAUCGGUGGGGGAUUUGGUGGUAAGGAUUCCAUUCGUCACAUAAGACUCUGCAUUGCCGUUUCCAUUGCUGCUUUGAAAUUAAAACGACCCGUUCGCUUAACACUCGAUCGAAAUACCGAUAUGUUAAUCAGUGGACCAAGCAGUUCGUUUAAAUCUUUAUACAAAGUCGGUUUUACAUCAUCAGGUCAGUUCAAAGCAUUAGAUAUCACGCUCUACAGCAACGGUGGAUGGUCGCAAGAUUAUUCCGUACCUAUCAUGGAACGUGCUCUGUUACAUUGUGAUAAUGUUUAUAGUUUCAAAAAUUUGAAAUGCUACGGACGUGUAUGUAAAACACAUACUCAAUCCGCAACGGCUUAUCGUGGUUUCGGAAUACCGCAAGCGAUAUUGAUAAUCGAAAAUAUUGUUGAACAUGUCGCCUCGUAUUUGAUGGUCGAACCGGUGAAAUUGAGAAGAAUGAAUCUGUAUGCCGAAAAUGAUUCGACACAUUUUCAACAGAUAUUAAUUCAUUGGCAUAUUCCGAAAAUGUGGGACGAGCUAGUGAAGUCAUCGGAUUAUUAUCAACGGAUGGAAAGCAUAAAAAAAUUCAAUCGUGAAAAUCAUUAUCGAAAGCGUGGCAUAGCAAUGAACCUGGCUAAACUUGCUCUCGGCUUUACACGAAAAUAUAUGUAUCAAGCCAGUGCUUUAAUCCAUAUUUAUCGAGAUGGAACUGUUCUAUUGACCCACGGCGGUACCGAAAUGGGCCAAGGACUACACACCAAAACUCUCCAAGUCGCUGCUGAAAUUUUGCAAAUUGACAUCACUCUCAUUCGUAUAAAUGACAUCGCAACAGACAAGAUUCCAAAUGCUUCCUCGACAGCUGGUUCGACAUCAUCGGAUCUGUACGGUAGUGCAACGAAAAAUGCUUGUGAACAAAUUAACGAACGAUUGAAACCACUACGAGAAGAAUUUCCUGCAUACAAUUGGUUCGAAUUAAUCAGUGCAGCAUAUUAUCAACGAAUAAAUUUAUCCGCACAGGGCUUUUAUCAAACUCCGCAUGUUGCCGAUGUUGAUUUUGCGAAUAAUUUUGCACAUUACCCGUAUUUCACAACAGGAUGCGCAUGUUCAGAAGUCGAAAUCGAUACACUAACUGGCGACUUUCAUAUUCUAAGAACCGAUUUAUUGAUGGAUUUCGGUUUGUCAAUGAAUCCAAAUAUAGACAUCGGACAGAUCGAAGGUGCUUUCAUGCAAGGAGUCGGUAUGGUCACCGUCGAAGAACUGAUCUGGGGCGAUGAACAACAUAAAUGGUUACCUCCAGGUUGUCUGUUUACACAAGGGCCCGGUGCAUACAAAGUUCCAUCAUUCAAUGAUAUACCUAUUGAUUUUCGUAUUUCUCUUUUUAAAAAUGCACCUAAUCCGUUUGCUAUUUUCUCAUCCAAAGGUGUGAGCGAACCAUCAAUAACUUUAUCAACUACUGUUUUCUUUGCGAUCAAGAACGCCAUUGGAUCCUAUCGACGUGAUAAUAAUUUGAAUGAAUAUUUCGUAUUGAAUAGUCCAGCAACAUGUGAAAAAAUACGCAUGGCAUGCGCGGAUAGUUUAACUAAGGAAACAGUUGGCGAGGAACAGCACGGAACAUUUCAAGCGAACGGAAGUUAUUAG